CACACUUUCAAAACGUGCGCUACAGUGCGGUCAACUAGGAUAAUCAUCCUGAAAAUCGUCAGUGAAGGUCAACAUGGAUUUAUUGUGAUCAUCAAUGACAACUGAAAGACUAUUUGAUAAUAUAAGCAUCAAGCCUGGACUUAUUGUAUUCGACUUAGAUUGUACAUUAUGGCCGUUUGACUGUGACAUUUACGAUAGUCAAGUUUUUCACAAAAAUGGUGAUAUGAUUUAUGAUGAAAAUAAUUACCCACUAAAUAUACUUCAAGAUUCAAAUAAUAUAUUGAAAUCUAUCAAACAAGAAAAGGAUGUACUAUUGGCAUGUGCUUCAAGGACCCCUUCGGUGGAAACAGCUCGUCAGUUAGUUUACCUAAAUGGUUGGGAUAAAUUAUUCGAUCAUAUGGAAAUAUAUCCAAACAGUAAAAUUGUUCACUUCCAGACACUUCAACGAAAGACUAAAAUUCCAUACAAUAAAAUGAUAUUUUUCGAUGAUUUACAAUGGAAUAUCAAAGAAGUAAAAAGUCUAGGUGUUCACAGCCAUCACGUACCUAAUGGUGUGCACACGGGGGCUUUUCGUAAAGCAUUGAAAGAAUAUGAACGGUUUUGGUCUUGUAAAUAAGAAAUCUAUUCAACAAACUACAGUAUUACCGCCAUUGUCCUUCUCUUUCUCCCCUGGAUCAAACAAACUGUUUCUAGUCAUUUCAGAGAGAGAAUGAGAGAAAACACUACAUUUAUUUCUUUAUCUUUUGAAACUUUUCAAAGCUUUAUCAAGAUGUUUUUCUGUCUGGUUACAUUUUCGCUGACAGUCUUGAUCAUAGUUACUAAUAUUCACUAGUGUAAGUGCCAUUAGUAGCCGAGGUGGGUUGGGGAGCCACAUUAAUAACCAACUGUUUCAUCGUAGUUUGCGAUUUUUGACUGAUGAACAAACAUCCAUCACCUAAGCUGAAAAUCAGUUUCAAACGACUUCAGUUCUUGUUUGAAAACUACACUUACCUGUGGUGAUUUAUUCAAAAUAAUGUAGGAGUUAGAAACAAACAGUUGUAUGGUUUCAACUGGAUUAUUUGAAAAAUAUUCUGUCACUGUACACAUUUCGUUUGCAAUAAAAUAGAUAUUAUUUUUAUU